ACCAGCCAAUAGCAGCCCGCUCUACUGACACCAAGUUCAAACCAAAACCAAAACAAUGAGGAGGAUAAUGAAAUACUGCAGCAUGUCAGAACUACCGGCAUUAUCAGAGUUAUCUGAACAGAAAGAGAGGAGACUACUGAAGGAGAGAGUACCCCACAACCAGAGGAGUUAGUUGUGGAUGACAGCGAGCCUUAAAGUCCGUUACCACCGAACCCGGAGACCGCUAGCUAGCGAUGCUAACACGAAGCUAACGUUCCCGCCAUGGCUCUGAAGCAGCAGCAGGUGCUCAGGUGCUCUGAGGUCUAAAAGGAGCUAAAAGGCACCAGAGGAAUCCUUCCGGAGCCGACCUCCUCGUAGCUCAGAGACUCUGACGAGCUGAAGAUGAAGUGAUGAAAAGCUCCGAGCAGCAACGUGGAGACAUGAGACAGAACCCUAGCAGAGGAGACGGACACAAGGACACAAGGAUGCAAGGACACAAGGACACAUGGAGCAAAGACAAAAGGACGGCCAUACAUGGACAUGGAGUAAGGACCGCCUGACGCCUCCUCCUCGCUCUCCAACACAAAGCUGCCGUCUCUCCACCACCGCCACCACCGCCACUACCACUAAUGCCCCUCCGACAGAGAGAGACAGUAAAACACAGAGGCAGAUAAAGGAAAAUUAGAGAGGGCAAAAACAGCAAGCAAAAGCAAAACGAGAAAGAGAGGAAGAGGAAGGCUCCACAUCCAUAAUCUCCACUUAGAGGGAGGGAAGGCCAUUCUGUCGAUCUUGCAACUUCAGGAACCAUCAUCACAAUUUAAUAAGAAUUUGAAAGGCUGCGGCGCUGCAACAAAUCUGUCUUCAGAGGGAGAGAGGGCGGGCGAGAGAGCUACAUACAGACAGAGAGAGAGAGAGAAAGAGGGGGAGAGAGAGAGGAUGCAGCGAGGUGGAGGCCACAAAUGUUUUAACGCUUUCCUACCUGGAUUUAUAUCUUUUUGAUUUUUGUCGCGAGUCCCAGCAGCAAUAAACCUGCGACGGCAAUAUCAGAGAAUAACUUUAUUAUUAUUUUACACAUGUUCGGCUGCUCUAAGACUGCUGAGAGUUCAAGAAAUUAUGUUUUUCUACCAGGAGAGUCUGUGUUGUGAAGUGGAACAUUUUGUUAUUUAGGAGAGCAGGACUUGACAUUCGCUUGCAGGCUGAAAGUUUGCAAAAACAUCCCCCCUAAAAAGGAGGAAAUAUUCCAGCUGAUUCCUGCGAGUUUCCGGGUUCCAGGAGGAGCUUUGCUGUUAUUUUUAAAGAGCAGCAGGAAGGCUCCGGCCCCACCCACCGGAAGGACGUCAGAAACUCGUCAGAAUAAAAGACGGGCCGCAUACCUGUCUGAUGCAUCGGCUUUCUCGCUCCUUCACGGCGUUUUUUUCAUGGCUUGACACCUAACUGCCAUCUGACCCCCUCCUCCCCCCUUCCUCCCCCCUCAACAUGUCCGCCCAACUCCUCUCUCUCCGCCCCGACCACUCGAGGAAAUCAGGGCAGGAAAAGAAGUGAGGAUUCAGUUAGCUCACCUCAGGUUCGUCGGCUCCACCCGUCCCACCGAGGACAGAACCCCGACUCUCUACAGGUGGGUCGUGCUGAUGCAAGAUGGCGGCCGGCGUGGCGACGUGGCUGCCGUUUGCGCGGGCCGCGGCAGUGGGAUGGCUGCCGUUGGCAAAGAAGACGAUGCCCAAACCUCCCGUGGACAACUCGUCCAAAUCAGAUGAGAUCCUGUACGUCAACGUCAGCGGGGUCAGGUUUCAGACAUGGAAGAACACUCUGGAUCGUUAUCCGGAGACGCUGCUGGGUUCUUCAGAGAAGGAGUUUUUCUACAACGAGGACACGCAGGAAUACUUCUUCGACCGAGACCCCGAAAUGUUCCGGCACAUUCUGAACUUUUACCGCACCGGGAAGCUCCACUACCCACGAAACGAGUGCAUCCAGGCCUUCGACGAAGAGCUGGCCUUCUACGGCAUCAUCCCAGAGAUCAUCGGCGACUGCUGCAUGGAGGAAUACCGAGACAGGAAAAAGGAGAACCAGGAGCGUUUGGCGGAGGACACGGAGGCCAACGAGGGGUUGGACGCCCCCCUCCCUCCAGACAGCUCCUCAAGGGAGCGUCUGUGGCGAGCCUUCGAGAACCCCCACACCUCUACUAUGGCGCUGGUUUUCUACUACGUCACCGGCUUCUUCAUCGCCGUCUCCGUCAUCGCCAACGUGGUGGAGACGGUCCCCUGCCGGCCCAUCAAAGGCAGCGUCAAAGACCUUCCCUGCGGGGAGAAAUACGGGCUGGCCUUUUUCUGCAUGGACACGGCCUGCGUGCUCAUCUUCACCUUCGAGUACCUGAUGCGCCUGUUCGCCGCGCCCAGCCGCUGCAAGUUCAUGCGGUCGGUGAUGUCGGUGAUCGACGUGGUGGCCAUCAUGCCCUACUACAUCGGCCUGGUGAUGCCCGAGAACGAAGACGUGAGCGGCGCCUUCUUCACCCUCCGCGUUUUUCGCGUCUUCCGGAUCUUCAAGUUCUCGCGUCACUCUGCGGGUUUGAGGAUUUUGGGCUACACGCUGAAGAGCUGCGCCUCCGAACUCGGCUUCCUGCUCUUCUCCCUCACCAUGGCCAUCAUCAUCUUCGCCACCGUCAUGUUCUACGCCGAGAAGGGCACCAAGGGCUCAUCCUUCACCUCCAUCCCGGCCUCCUUCUGGUACACCAUCGUCACGAUGACCACACUCGGGUACGGUGACAUGGUUCCCAACACCAUCGCGGGGAAGAUCUUCGGCUCCAUCUGCUCUCUCAGCGGCGUGCUGGUGAUCGCCCUGCCGGUGCCCGUCAUCGUGUCCAACUUCAGCCGGAUCUACCACCAGAACCAGAGAGCAGACAAGAUGAGAGCGCAGCAGAAAGUGCGUAUGGCUCGGAUCCGCAUGGCGAAGAAAGGAACAGCCAACGCCUUCCUCCAGUACAAAGAAGACCGAGCCAUCGGGGACCGGGACAAUGACAGCACGGCGCUGUGUGUGAAGAACAGAUCAGCGUUCGAGUAUCAACACAACCACUUGCUGCACUGUCUGGAGAAGACAACGAACCACGAGUUCACCAACGAGAUGAACUACAGCGAGCUGUGUAUGACGGAGUCGGUGGGCUACAGGACCAGUCGCAGCACCUCCCUGUCCAGCCAGCAGGGGGCGCAGAACAACUCCACCGGCUGCUGCCCUCGCCGGGCAAGGAGGAGAGCCGCCAUGCGACUGGCGAACUCCACGGUGUCCGUCAGCCGGGGGAGCGUCCAGGAGCUGGACACCCUGCACGUCAAAACCACUUCCAUACCACCACAAACUCGCUCCAGUCUGAACGCCCAGAUGUGCGACCUGAAGUUGAACUGCGGGGAACCAGAUUUCACCGCCGCCAUCAUCAGCAUCCCCACGCCGCCCGCCAACACGCCCGACGAGAGCCUCCCCCCGUCGCCCGCCCCCAUCCUCGGCAUCCUGCGCAACACCCGGGCCACCGCCUACACCCAGGACACCGUCAAAAUCUCCUCCUUAUAACCUCCGACCACGCCCGUCCACUUCCCUCCCUCGACACCCAGCCCCGCCGCCCCACCAGCCGACCUCCCCGUGAACUUCCUCUGACCCUCUGAUGCUGAACCCAGGGCACCGCUCGCUGAGAUUUCAGGGACAAACACUCCUCAGACGGAUACUUUGAGUACCGCUGGUUGCUUUCACUUCCUCUCACCAUUUUGUGGAUUAAUGGAGACAAAACGGGAGCCAACUAGAGCUGGGAAAUCAACGGUAAAGUUCUUCUUAAGACGCCCCCUCCUCCCCCCCCUCCCAUCAUGCAUUUUACCCCAACCACGCUCUUACCCCCCCCCCCCUCCCUCUACCUGCACAGUUUUAACCUUUUGAAUCUCAUUGCACAAACUCCCCGGGAGGGUUCAUCCAGUGGACAAGAUGCCAAGACGCCCAAAGAAAGACACCCUGAAACCAACUGACAGCUUGGUUUCAUCGGGGUGAUUUUGCAUCCUCACUAAACAUAAUGCUUUAGAGGAGGGGUGCAGAAUGGCUGCCGAAGACAAUGGGCUUAUAUUUCAGUCUAAACUUGGCGUGAACGGACUGAGAGGUCUUGGCGGUGAAUCUGAGGGACCGCCGAACGUUUGAGGAUCAUUCAGCGUCAAACUCUUUGUGUGAUUGGAAAAAAGAUGAGACGAUCUGUAGACAACCAAACAACCCUCAGCUUUUUGAUUCCUCUGGAUGUUGGUUGUUGCGGGGAAACAGGUGGCAUUCAUCAGGCCAAUAUAGCUCAACAAUGACCCGUACAGAUUGGUGUUUUGGUUUCUUUUUCUUUACCAGAUCUUGGAGCCUGAUUGAAGUGAAGUGUUGGACCUCUUUUUGCUUGAAAUGUAAAGGUUUGAACCCCAACAAUGGGUCAGGAUGUCUUAGAAAAGGAUGGAAAAGGAAUCCGAAGUGAAACGGAGUCUGGGAGUAUGAACGGAUGAUCUCUCUGGAAGCCACUUCAGGUCACAUUUUAAGGAAAUCAUGAGCGAGAACUCUUCUGAUCAGAAUCCAGUUGGAAGAACAUGACAAACUUGGGAGGAGGAUCCAGACGCUGCUGAAAGUCAAACUCAACUGGGUUUAACUGAUCUAUGCUGAAUACUGUUCACACAACUACACUGAGCUGAUCGAAACCGAGCCGGUCUGAGCAGAGCUGGACUUACCCGGUCUCUAAAUGGGACUGUAGAGAGGGGAAGGGGUUAAAUUCUGGGCUGGAUCAAUCAGGUCUGAUGUGGACUUGUCUGGUCUGGCUGUAGCUCAGUUGUGACGAUCCAGACGUGGAACGAAAGCCUUUUACUUUUCAAAAUAUGCAACAUUACAACAAGCAGGAAAAAUAGCAUCAAGAAAUGAACAGAAUAAUAAUAAUAACAAUAAUAAUGUGUGUGUUAUAAAAACUACAGUAAUUAUUGCAGGGAACUUAAUGUAAAGCAACUAAGAAAUUCAUUUGUUGUGUGAUCUUUUCAGUGAGAGAGAGAACACAACAAGUAUUCUGCAAUAGAUUAAAAUGGGAAACGGGAAACGCAACACCACAAACUCUUCAGCGUUAAGACCACGUUUGUCCCGAUGACGUGCACUCUGGGAAAAAAACAAAACAGGUUUGUUUUCAACACAUUCAUGCAGGCGUUGACAUGUUUCAGUAUUACGUCGGACUCAUUUAUUGUUGAUUCUCCGUCACAUCGGCAGUCUCUUCAAACUCGGUGGCUUGUAAAGAAAGACCUACUCAUGCAAAAAGAUAUUUAAUCUAGUGCACACAAAUGAUUACACUAUAACUAUUACGUUAGUAUUACCACAAUAGGGCUGUCACUGAACAAAAACGAUCAGUUCGAACUAGGGCUGUCAAUCGAUUCAAAUAUUUAAUCACAAUUAAUCACAAAUUUGUUAAAAAUGUACCUUAAAGGGAAAUUUGUCAAGUAUUUAAUACUCUUAUCAACAUGGGA